AUGAGUGAGCUCAGCAGACCCGAGGAAGACCUUCAGGAGCCAGGAGAGGCCCAGGGCCCUGUAGAGGUGCAGCUCUUGGUGGCUGAGGUGGGGGAGGCCCCACGUGACUUGGCCUCCUACCCCCCAGCAUCCUGCUCCACUCCUGUGGAGCCCUUGCCCCGAGAAAUUCUGAACGAGAUGAUGGCUAACCUUAUGAAGUUCCUGCUCCUCAAGUAUCGAGCCAAGAAGCUGACCUCCCUGGCAGAAAUGCUGAAUAAUGUCUUCAGGGAUAACCAGGAGCACUUCCCGGUGGUCUUCAGUCAAGCCUUAGAGUACCUGCAGCUGGCCUUUGGUGUGGAGGUGAAGGAGGUGGAUCCCACAGAGCACAUCUACGUCUUGGUCCCCACCCUGGGCCUCACCUGCGAUGAGAUGCUGAGCGAUGGGCAGGGCCUGCCCAAGGCCGGCCUCCUGGUGCUGGUCCUCAGCGUGAUCAUGUGUAGUGGAGACCCGGCCCCUGAGGAGGCAGUCUGGGGAGCACUCAGCAUGAUGGGGGUGUAUGUUGGGAGCGAGCACUGUGUCUUUGGGGAGCCCAGGGAGCUGCUGACCCAAGUGUGGGUGUGGGAGAGGUACCUGGAGUACCGGCAGGUGCCUGACAGUGACCCUGCUCGCUACGAGUUCCUGUGGGGUCCCCGGGCCUAUGCGGAGACCAGCAAAGAGCACGUCAUGGCGUUUGUGCUCAGGGUCAGACAAAGGGCUUUGAGGGCCUUCCCACUCCUGUCUGCAGAGGCUGCGAGGGAGGAGGAAUAG